GCGGCGGUUGCCAGGGCGACGAGAGCUUCCAAGAGCCGCUGGUACUCGCGAUCGUCAGCUUAGAAGAAGUUUCCCGUGACGGGCUUUGACUGCUGGUUCGUCCUCUCGGGGUUUUCAGGAUGUUCUUUUACUUGAGCAAGAAAGUUGCCGUACCCAAUAACGUGAAGCUGAAAUGUGUAUCUUGGAACAAGGACCAAGGAUUCAUAGCAUGUGGUGGUGACGAUGGAUUACUGAAAGUUUUGAAAUUGGAGACACAGACAGAUGAUACAAAAUUGAGGGGUCUUGCAGCCCCUAGUAACCUUUCUAUGAAUCAGACUCUCGAAGGUCAUAGUGGUUCUGUUCAAGUCGUAAUAUGGAAUGAACAAUAUCAGAAGUUGACUACCAGUGACGAAAAUGGGCUUAUUAUUGUUUGGAUGUUAUAUAAAGGCUCUUGGUAUGAGGAGAUGAUCAACAACAGAAAUAAGUCAGUGGUUCGAAGCAUGAGCUGGAAUGCUGAUGGACAGAAGAUCUGCAUUGUAUAUGAGGAUGGGGCUGUGAUCGUUGGUUCAGUGGAUGGGAAUCGCAUUUGGGGAAAAGACCUGAAGGGUGUGCAGUUAUGCCAUGUAGCAUGGUCCGCAGAUAGUAAAGUCUUACUUUUUGGAAUGGCUAAUGGAGAGAUACACAUUUAUGAUAAUCAAGGAAAUUUUAUUAUGAAAAUGAAGCUGAACUGUUUAGUGAAUGUCACUGGAGCCGUCAGCAUUGCUGGGAUUCAUUGGUACCAUGGUGCAGAGGGUUACGUGGAGCCAGAUUGCCCCUGCCUUGCCAUCUGCUUUGACAAUGGGAGAUGCCAAAUAAUGAGACAUGAGAAUGACCAAAAUCCUGUUUUAAUUGAUACUGGCAUGUAUGUAGUAAGUAUCCAGUGGAACCACACUGGCAGCGUCUUAGCAGUGGCAGGCUCCCAGAAGGUCAUCACUCAGGAUAAAGAUAUAAACAUUGUGCAAUUUUAUACUCCAUUUGGUGAGCAUCUGGGUACUUUGAAGGUUCCUGGAAAGCACAUGUCUGCACUAUCUUGGGAAGGAGGUGGACUGAAAAUUGCACUGACUGUUGAUUCUUUUAUAUAUUUUGCAAAUAUUCGACCUGAUUAUAAGUGGGGUUAUUGCUCAAACACCGUAGUUUAUGCUUAUACCAGACCUGAUCGUCCAGAGUACUGUGUUACCUUUUGGGAUACAAAAAACAAUGACAAGUAUGUUAAGUAUGUGAAGAGUCUCAUUUCUAUUACUACCUGUGGCGACUUCUGCAUUUUGGCAACAAAAGCUGAUGAAAAUCACCCUCAGUUUGUGCUAGUUCUGUGUAAUUCUAUUGGCACACCUAUGGAUCCCAAAUACAUUGAUCUUGUGCCAUUAUUUGUUACAAUGACCAAAACCCAUGUGAUAGCAGCUUCGAAAGAAGCAUUUUAUAUCUGGCAAUAUCGUGUGGCAAAGAAGCUUACAGCAUUGGAAAUUAAUCAGAUCACCCGGCCUCGAAAAGAAGGGAGAGAAAGAAUUUAUCAUGUUGAUGAUACUCCUUCUGGAUCAUUGGAUGGUGUGCUUGAUUAUAGUAAAGCCAUUCAAGGCACAAGGGAUCCGAUUUGUGCCAUAACUGCAUCUGAUAAGACCUUGAUUGUGAGUCGUGAAUCUGGCACCUUUCAGAGAUACAGUCUUCCUAACGUUGGUUUGAUUCAAAAAUACUCCCUUAAUUGUCAAGCCUACCAAUUAUCCUUGAAUUGCAACUCUAGCCGCCUCGCUGUCAUCGACAUCUUAGGAGUUCUAACCUUCUUUGACUUGGAUGCUCGAGUGACAGACAGCACAGGACAGCAAGUCAUUGGCGAGUUGUUAAAAUUGGAGCGAAGAGAUGUCUGGGAUAUGAAAUGGGCCAAAGAUAAUCCUGAUUUGUUUGCAGUCAUGGAGAAGACAAGAAUGUAUGUUUUCAGAAACUUGGAUCCUGAGGAACCCAUUCAGACUUCUGGAUAUAUAUGUAACUUUGAGGAUUUAGAAAUUAAAUCUGUUCUCUUGGAUGAGAUAUUAAAGAAUCCAGAAUAUCCAAACAAGGAUUAUAUCAUUAACUUUGAGAUCAGGUCCCUGCGAGAUAGUCGAGCAGUGAUCGAGAAGGUUGGAAUAGAGAAUGCUUCUCAGUUCAUCGAGGAUAAUCCACACCCCCGACUUUGGCGCCUGCUAGCUGAAGCAGCUCUUCAGAAACUGGAUUUGCACACUGCAGAGCAAGCGUUUGUGCGUUGCAAAGAUUACCAGGGCAUUAAGUUUGUGAAGCGCCUGGGCAACCUGCAGAGCGAGCCCAUGAAACAGGCAGAGGUGGCUGCCUACUUCGGCCGGUUCGAGGAGGCGGAAAGGAUGUAUCUGGAUAUGGACAGAAGAGAUCUGGCUAUUGGCCUCCGGCUGAAGUUGGGAGAUUGGUUUAGAGUACUCCAGCUUCUGAAAACUGGAUCAGGUGACGCAGAUGACAGUCUCCUUGAGCAAGCCCACAAUGCCAUCGGAGACUACUUUGCUGAUCGGCAAAAGAGGUUGAAUGCUAUACAAUAUUAUGUACAAGGCCGGAACCAGGAACGCUUAGCUGAAUGUUAUUAUAUGUUAGAAGAUUAUGUGGGAUUGGAGAAUCUUGCAAAUUCACUUCCAGAAAACCACAUGUUGCUUCCAGAAAUAGCACAGAUGUUUGUGAGAGUUGGAAUGUGUGAACAAGCAGUGACUGCAUUUUUGAAAUGUAAUCAGCCGAAGGCAGCAGUGGAUACCUGUGUACAUCUCAACCAAUGGAACAAAGCUGUUGAAUUGGCUAAAAGUCAUAAUAUGAAAGAAAUUGGUUCCCUGUUAGCAAAGUAUGCAUCUCAUUUAUUGGAAAAGAAUAAAAUUCUUGAUGCCAUAGAACUCUAUCGGAAAGCCAAUUACUUUUAUGAUGCUGCCAAGCUGAUGUUUAAGAUUGCAGAUGAAGAGGCAAAGAAAAGAACUAAACCUUUACGUGUGAAGAAGCUCUAUGUGCUGUCAGCUUUACUUAUAGAGCAGUACCACGAACAAAUGAAAAAUGCCCAACGAGGCAAAGCUAAAGGAAAGAGCUCAGAGGCCACUUCUGCUUUGGCUGGUUUGCUGGAAGAAGAAGUUCUGUCGACAAGUAGUCGUUUCACUGAUAAUGCUUGGAGAGGGGCUGAGGCUUAUCACUUCUUUAUACUGGCGCAAAGACAGCUCUAUGCGGGCUAUGUUGACACUGCACUGAAGACAGCUCUUCACCUGAGAGACUAUGAAGACAUCAUCCCUGCAGUUGAUAUCUACUCUCUGUUAGCACUCUGUGCGUGUGCCAGUAGAGCUUUUGGUACUUGUUCAAAAGCUUUUAUUAAACUCGAAUCUUUAGAGACCCUCAGUUCGGAACAGAAGCAGCAAUAUGAAGAUCUUGCUCUAGAAAUCUUCACCAAACAUACUCCGAAAGAUAACAGAAAAUCCGAAUUGGAUGGCCUUCUUGAAGGAGGGGAAGGGAAACUGCCAACGUGUGUUGCCACAGGAAGCCCAAUUACUGAAUAUCAAUUCUGGAUGUGCAGUGUGUGUAAGCAUUGUGCCCUGGCUCAGGAAAUAAAUAACUACAACUUCUGUCCCUUAUGCCAUAGUGCAGUGGGAUGAAGAACUGACCAACUGCAUAUACCGGGAGAGUUUAUAUAAUAAGGUUGAUUCCAUACAGUUUAUGUAAAAAGCAGCAUCAUUUCAGAGUUGUAUUUUUAUACAAAUAUGUAUAUAUAUAUAUAUAUGACGGAAACUGCUUAUGCCUCGCUGUCUUCUGAACUUUGGGUCAGCUGUUGAGAAAUCCACAAUUGAGACAGAAUGAGUAAAGAGAAGGUCACCUGCAUGUGGUGGGGCAACUCUGCUAGGCUGUUCUUUUGGAUUUUCAUAAAGGGUAAAAUAAAUAUGAAGCUGUGAGAUGUGAAAAAACCAGACUGGCUUUCUUCAUAUAUCAGGAAAUAUAGCAUCUUACUAUCUCCACCAUUAGGAAGGGACUACCACUCUCAGUUCAAGUUUGAAAUGAAGGGGGAAAAAAUUGCUAAAUGGCCAGGCUGAGAUCAGUGCCCAUCCCUAGAACAAUCCCAGGGUCCACGAGGAAGGGCAGGGUGUACCACAGACGUCUACUCUAGUAUCCCUAAUGGUAUGGGAAGUGAGACAGGGGUCUGGAAGAGCAGUAGUCUUAUAAGGCGAUGCUCUGGAAGCUGGAAGGACUGCAGCUGACCUCUGUACAAGACAGAGAUCAGGAAGGGAAGAGAAACAAAACCCAGUAACAUCUACACACAGACAUGUUAUGUACAUAUAUAUAUAAUUUUGUGUAAAAACACAACUAUGAAGUAACGAUGCUGAUUUUCAUAUAAAAGAUAUAGAAAUUGACUAUAUUAUGGUUGGUGGUUUUUAUGAUACUAUGGAAAUAUUCCAAAUAAGAAAAAAAAUUUCUCACAGUGUCAAGGUUACUAAUUCAUUAAACAUUUUUGAUGGAGAGGGAUGGGGAAGCGUGAGAGUGGAGCAAAGUUGAGUUUAGGGAAUUGACAUAACCUGUCUUAGGAGGUUGUGGGAGUGCAUGCUCAGUCACUCAGCUGUGCCUGGCUGUUUGUGACCCCAUGGACUGUAGCCUGCCAGGCUCCUCUGUCCAUGGGAUUCUCCAGGCACGAAUACUGGAGUGGCUUGCCAUGCCCUCUUCUAAGGGAUCUUCCCAACCCAGGGAUCGAACCCAUGUCUCCUGCACUGGCAGGCGGAUUCUUUAUCACCAGCAGCACCUGGAAAGCCCAGAGGGAGGUUAAACAAUUGUAAUACUGAAAUGAGCUCUAGUUCUAGUUGUGUUUAAUUAAAUAAGCAUUGAAAGUG